GUCGUUGCUGAAGCCAUGUAAGUGUCAUACUCUCGAAGCUUCAGAUUAAAAAUGUUGUGUCCUAACCAGGUGUUAUAGUGGUUGUUUUAAAUAAGUAGGCCUGUGUUUGUGACCUAGAUGUGAAAGCUCUCAUUAAAUAAAGAUUACACAACGACCAGAACAUAAUUGACAGGAGUUUUAGUGCAGGUACAUCCACCAGGAGAAUGUGUGACGAGCUCCAUCUUGUAACAGAGCAGGAAAUCCCACAGCUGCUAGCCUGGCUUGAGCAAGAUCUACCUCAGUCUUACGCGCUUUACGGUGUUGUCAAAGAAAAUACCAGAUUAAACUGGCCAGGAUAUCAGUUCUACACCAUCGGAUGGCCAAACAUACAAGCAGCGGCCACUGGCAAUACUGACCUCAACUGUGGGUGUUAUGACUACUUUAAAACAACAGCCCAACUUUUUCUGUACGCCCGUGACGCUAAAUCAGCGCAGGUUUUGUUGACAUCUCCAGGAAUUGUUGACUGGAACAAACCGGCCAUUUUUCGAUUCCCAGAUACACUAACGUUAGGAAUCCGUGAAAUGUUCCAGUCAAGAUUUUCAUGUGAGCCACAAGAGUUGACGUUGUACACAAUGAUGGCACAAAGGGAUGACGUCAUUACAAGUAGCCAAAUACCAGACGAGUUGAUUAUCUCCCCUCUGGAACCAAAACGAGACGCUGCCAUUAUGAACUCGACCUGGCCAUAUAAAAACGAGCACUCGGAGAAAUAUUUAGAACAACUUAUUCUUCGCUUCCCUUCUUGUGGGGUGUUUGAUAGGUCUGGCCAAUGUCUAGGUCACGUGGUCGGCACAGACAAAGGAACCGUUGGAGUUCUUUACGUGGUUCCAGAAAUGAGACGUCACGGCCUGGGUCAGAUGCUGCUACGUGAGCUAUGUAAGGCUUACUUCGACCUUGACCUACCGUGUUUUGCUAACUGUGUGACGAAUAACAUCAAAUCCAUUCAGUUAUUUGAAAAAGUUGGAUUUAAGAAUAUCGACACAAUAAAAGUGAUG